AUGGCGGCCCCAGCACGGAACCCGUUCCGCGCACGGUCUUCGGACGCUGUUCAGGCGCCGGACCACUACCAGUUACGCCAGGUGGCACCAACAACAAUAAUGGCGGCAAUGCCGCCGGCAAUAUCAGCAAUAGGAACAACAACAAACGCGGUGACAAAUAGUCAGCCGGGCGGUUGGGAUCUGGCCGGCCCCGGAACCUCGCUCCUCGUACUAUCCAGCCAACGGCUGCCGCUGCGUAACCGGCAAGGGCAACCGAACCUGUCGCCGUGUUCCAGCCGCAAUGCGGCAUCCAGCAGGCCUUUUGCCAGGGGUCCUGGGACUCAAGUCAUCCCAGAAACAUGCCUAGACGACUGCCUGGUGGAGAUGCCUGAUGCACACCUACUGGGAUCUGGUGCACCCGAGUUAGCACUGCAGCUUGUUGGGCCUGAUGGCAAUGGUGGGCAGGAGGUGGAGAAGGGUGAGGAUGAGGAAGGGGACGAGGAGGUGGAUGGGGAGGCAGAGGAGAUCUAG